AUGCUGUAUCGGUCAGCGUAUGCCAAUCGAACCAAACAAUGGUGCUCGCAGAACAACCAUCAGGUCGUGUCAGCCGUAGCUGGUGAGAGUUGGCCAAUGGAGCCCGAAGAGGUUCGCAACCAGUUUGACGAGUGGGCCAAAACUGAACGCCAGCAUCAUCAGGAAGCUCACCCACAGUAUAAGUUCUCUCCA